AUGAUUUCGCUCGAGCUCCGUAUCGUUGGCUCGUACGUUGCUAGUCGCCAGGACGCGAUCGAGGCAGUGAACCUCGUUGCAGACGAACAGGUUCGACCCAAGUUCACACUGGAUCAACUAGUGAAUCUGCCGGACGUGUUUCAACGGAUGCAAGCUGGCCAAGCGCGCACACGCGUCGUGUUGGACUGCAGGUAA